GGGCUCCCGGGGCCGGCCCGGGCCGCCCCCGCCGCCAUGGCCCGCCUGGCUGACUACUUCGUGCUCGUGGGAUACGACCCCGGCAAACGCGGGAGCGGGGAUGGCCAGGGACAGAUCCUGCAGCGCUUCCCGGAGAAGGACUGGGAGGACAACCCCUUCCCCCAGGGCAUCGAGCUGUUCUGCCAGCCCAGCGGGUGGCAGCUGUUCCCCGAGAGGAACCCCCCCACGUUCUUCGUGGCCGUGCUGACCGACAUCAACUCGGAGCGGCACUACUGCGCCUGCUUCACCUUCUGGGAGGCCGUGGAGAGCCCGCAGCCCCAGAGCCACUCCAGGAACGGGGAGGGGGAGGAGGAGGAGGAGGAGGCCUCGUCCCCCGUGCAGCCUGCCCAGCUGUUCGCUCCCAAGAGCCUGGUGCUGGUGUCGCGGCUGGACCACGCCGAGGUGUUCCGGAACAGCCUGGGGCUCAUCUACACCAUCUACGUGGACGGGCUGAGCGUGUCCCUGGAGAACGUGAUCGGGAACCUGCUGACCUGCACCAUCCCCAUCACGGGGGGAGCACAGCCUGACGUGGAGGAUGAAGCCGUGAGGACGAUCUCUCUGGGAGCAGGGGACAGGCAGGUGAUCCAGACCCCCAUCAAUGACUCGCUGCCCGUCAGCAGCUGCAGCGUGGCCCUGCUCUUCCGCCAGCUGGGCAUCACCAACGUGCUGUUCCUGUUCUGUGCUGCACUGACCGAGCACAAGAUCCUGUUCCUCUCCAGCAGCUACCAGAGGCUGACGGACGCCUGCAGGGCCCUCCUGGCUCUCAUGUUCCCCCUCAAGUACAGUUUCACCUACGUGCCCAUCCUGCCUGCCCAGCUCCUGGAGGUGCUGAGCACCCCCACCCCCUUCAUCAUCGGCGUCCACUCCAUCUUCCAGUCAGAGACACAGGAGCUGCUGGACGUGGUGAUCGCAGACCUGGACGGUGGCACCGUGAACGUCCCCGAGUGUGUGCACAUCUCCCUGCUCCCAGAGCCCCUGCUGCAGCAGACCAGGGAGGCCCUGUCCAUGGUGCUGGACCCAGAGCUGGAGGUGGCUGACCUCGCCUUCCCCCCUUCCACCAUUUCUGCCUCUUCCCUCAAGAUGCAGGACAAGGAGAUCCGGGCUGUGUUCCUGCGCCUGUUUGCUCAGCUGCUGCAGGGCUACCGCUGGUGCCUGCACAUCAUCCGCAUCCACCCCGAGCCCGUCAUCCGCUUCCACAAGGCGGCGUUCCUGGGCCAGCGGGGGCUCACUGAGGACGAUUUCCUCACCAAGGUGCUGGAGGGGAUGGCCUUCGCUGGCUUUGUCACCGAGCGCGGGGCUCCCUACCGCCCCAUCGACCUCUUCGACGAGCUCGUGGCCUACGAGGUGAAGCGCAUGAAGGCAGAGGAGGGGAACAAACAGAAAAUCCUGAGGCACAUCAAGGAGCUGGCAGAGAAACUCUACAAGAAUGAGAACCCGUACCCUGCCGUGGCCAUGCACAAGGUGCAGAAGCCCACCGAGGGCUGCCACCUGAGGCUGCACCAGAAGCCCUUCCCUCACCUGGACGAGGGCACGGUGCAGUGGAUCAUCGACCAGGCCACGGCCAAGCUGCAGACGGCCCCGCCCGCCGUCAAGGCUGAGAAGAAGUGCAUGGUGCCCUCGGGACCCCCCAUCGCCGCCAUCCUGGAGCGCAAUGGGAACGCCCUGGCCAACAGCGCGCGGCGCCUGGAGGUGGUCAGGAACUGCAUCUCCUACGUCUUCGAGAACAAGAUGCUGGAGGCCAAAAAGCUGUUCCCAGCUGUGCUGCGUGCCAUGAAGGGCCGGGCCGCCCGGCACUGCCUGACCCAGGAGCUGCACCUGCACGUGCAGCAGAACCGCGCCGUGCUGGACCACCAGCAGUUCGACUUUGUCAUUCGCAUGAUGAACUGCUGCCUCCAGGACUGCACGGCCAUGGAUGAGCACGGCAUCGCUGCCGCCCUGCUGCCACUGGUCACCGCCUUCUGCAGGAAACUGAGCCCUGGCAUCACCCAGUUUGCCUACAGCUGCGUGCAGGAGCACGUGGUGUGGACCAACAUCCAGUUCUGGGAGGCCAUGUUCUACUGCGACGUGCAGAACCACAUCCGGGCCCUGUACCUGGACAGCACCGAGGAGAACCACACCGAGCAGGAGAGCACAGAGGAGCCCCAGGAGGCCAAGUCGGCGCUGGAGAUCGCGUCGGAGCAGCUGCGCCUGUGGCCCACCAUGAGCAGGGAGAAGCAGCAGGAGCUGAUCCAGAAGGAGGAGAGCACGGUGUUCAGCCAGGCCAUCCACUACGCCAACAGGAUGAGCUACCUGCUGCUGCCCCUGGACACCAGCAAGAACCGCCUGCUGCGCAGCUCCGGCCUGGGCGACGUCGAGAGCGUCAGCAACAGCUUCGUCACCAACAGCAUCGCGGGCAGCGUGGCCGAGAGCUACGACACCGAGAGCGGCUUCGAGGACGCCGAGAGCUCGGACGUGGCCAACUCGGUGGUGAGGUUCAUCAACCGCUUCGUGGACAAGGUGUGCACCGAGAGCGGCGUCACCAACGAGCACCUCAAGGGGCUGCACGUCAUGAUCCCGGACAUUGUGCAGAUGCACAUCGAGACGCUGGACGCCGUGCACAGGGAGAGCAAGAGGCUGCCCCCCAUCCAGAAGCCCAAGCUGCUGCGGCCCAGCCUGCUGCUGGGGGAGGAGUGUGUGAUGGAGGGGCUGCGCGUGUACCUGAUGCCGGACGGGCGCGAGGAGGCGGCCGGGGGCAGCGUCGGGGGGCCCCCCCUGCUCCCUGCUGAGGGGGCUGUGUUCCUCACCACCUACAGGAUCAUCUUCAAGGGAACCCCCACCGACCCCCUGGUCGGGGAGCAGGUGGUGAUCCGGUCCUUCCCCAUCGCCUCGCUGACCAAAGAGAAGAAGAUCACUGUCCAGGCCCAGGCGGAUCAGUUCAUCCAGGAGGGAUUGCAGCUGCGCUCCUGCACCUUCCAGCUGCUGAAGAUCGCCUUUGACGAGGAGGUGGCCUCAGAGAGCGCCGAGAUCUUCCGGAAGCACCUGCACAAGCUGCGCUACCCCCAGCACGUGCGCGGCACCUUCGCCUUCACCGUGGGCCAGUCCCCCAAGCAGGCCAUGCAGCCCAAGGCCAAGGAGAAGAACCCCUCGCUCAGGACGCUGUCCAAGAACCUGGUGAAGAACGCCAAGAGGACGAUCGGCCGGCAGUACGUGACCCGCAAGAAGUACACGCCGCCCGCCUGGGAGCAGCGCGGCAGCCAGCACUUCCCCGAGGACAACGAGGACGAGAUCUCAGUGUCCGAGGAGCUGGACAGGAGCACGCUGACGCCCAGCAGCACCAUGAGGCCGUCGGAGAAGAUGACCAUGACGCACGUGGUGGAGCGCGCCUGCUGCCGCGACUACCAGCGCCUGGGGCUGGGCACGCUGAGCAGCAGCCUGACCCGCUCCAAGAACGAGCCCUUCCGCAUCUCCACCGUCAACCGCAUGUACGCCAUCUGCCGCAGCUACCCCGGGCUGCUGAUCGUGCCGCAGAGCAUCCAGGACAACACGAUCCAGCGGAUCUCGCGCUGCUACCGCCAGAGCCGCUUCCCGGUGGUGUGCUGGCGCAACUCCCGCACCAAGGCCGUGCUGCUGCGCUCCGGGGGCCUGCACGGCAAGGGCGUCGUCGGCCUCUUCAAGUCCCAGAACGCCCCGACCCCGGGCCCCUCGCAGGCAGACUCCACGAGCCUGGAGCAGGAGAAGUACCUGCAGGCCGUCAUCAACUCCAUGCCCCACUACUCGGACGCCGGCGGGCGCAACACCCUCAGCGGCUUCACCUCGGCUCACAUGAGCAGUGCAGGGAAGUGGGGCAGCAUCCGGGCCAGCGGCCGCAUGAGCAGCUACGCCCUGAACGUGGAGAUCGGCUCCAGGCUGGCGGGGAAGGACCUGCUGGGGACACAGCACAACGGGACCCCCGCCGAGCCCUCCUUCCUGCGGCAGCACCGCGCCUCGCUCUACAUCAUCGGGGACAAGUCCCAGCUGAAGGGUGUGAAGCCAGACCCGCUGCAGCACUGGGAGGUGGUGCCCAUCGAGGUGUUCGACGUGCGCCAGGUCAAGGCCAGCUUCAAGAAGCUGAUGAAGGCCUGCGUGCCCGGCUGCCCCUCCAGCGACCCCAGCGUGGCCUACCUGCGCUCCCUGGAGGAGUCUGAGUGGCUGUCACAGAUCACAAGAUCCUGCAGAUCUCGGUGCUGGUGGUGGAGCUGCUGGACACGGGCUCGUCCGUGCUGGUCAGUCUGGAGGACGGCUGGGACAUCACCACGCAGGUGGUGUCCCUGGUGCAGCUCCUGUCUGACCCCUACUACCGGACGCUGGAGGGGUUCCGGCUGCUGGUGGAGAAGGAGUGGCUGUCCUUCGGCCACCGCUUCAGCCACCCGCGGCGCCCAGACCCUGGCGGGCCAGAGCAGCGGCUUCGCCCCCAUCUUCCUGCAGUUCCUGGACUGUGUGCACCAGAUCCACCUGCAGUUCCCCAUGGAGUUCGAGUUCAGCCAGUACUACCUGAAGUUCCUCAGCUACCACUACAUUUCCAACCGCUUCCGGACAUUCCUGCUGGACUCGGACUACGAGCGCAUCGAGCUGGGGCUCCUGUACGAGGAGAAGGGCGAGCGGAAGGGCCAGCAGGGCUCCAAGUCCAUCUGGGAUUACAUCGACCGCCUCAACAAGAAAGCUCCCGUCUUCUUCAACUACCUGUACGCGCCUGAGGACGGGGAGGUGCUGAGGCCGUACAGCAACAUCUCCAACCUGAAGGUGUGGGAUUAUUACACGGAGGAGACGCUGUCCGAGGGCCCCUCGUACGACUGGGAGCUGGCGCAGGGGCAGCCGGAGCCGGAGGAGCCGGAUCGCCAGGACACCGCGGCCCCGCAGAGCAAGCGCAGAAUCAUCUGGCCCUGCUACGACAACCGCAGCCGCGUGGAGCCCGACGCCAUCUCCAAACUGCUGGAGGAAUUGCAGAACCUGGAGAUGGAGCUGGGGCAGGUCCCGGAGCGCUGGAAGGACACGUGGGACAAGGUGAAAGCGUCCCAGCGCACGGAGGGGCGGCAGGAGGGCAGCAGGACCCCCAGCUCCCUGCUGAUGUCGUCGGGGCUGUCGCACCAGCGGCGCUCGCUGGGCGUGUACCUGCAGGAGAGCGGGGUGGGCUCCACGCUCAACCUCAGCCUGGACAGCGACACCAGCAGCACCUCCACCCCCUCCAGCGGCAAACCGGGCGGGCGCCGCAGCACCUCCACCCUCUACAGCCAGUUCCAGACAUCCGAGAGCGAGAACAGAUCCUACGAGGGCUCUCUGUACAAGAAAGGCGCCUUCAUGAAACCCUGGAAGUCUCGGUGGUUUGUGCUGGAUAAAACCAAACAUCAGCUGCGGUACUACGACAGCCGGAUGGACACGGAGUGCAAGGGGGUCAUCGACCUGGCCGACGUGGAGUCCAUCACCCCGGGGACCCCCACCAUGGGAGCCCCCAAGACGGUGGACGAGAAAGCUUUCUUCGACCUGAAGACGACGAAACGAGUUUACAAUUUCUGCGCCCAGGACGUGCAGCUGGCCCAGCAGUGGAUCGACCGCAUCCAGAGCUGCCUGUCGGACGCGUGAGCCCGGCUCGGCAGAGCCGCAAUUCCAGGCACGGCUGCCGGGAGCAGAGGCAGCGCCAGGCUCGGGCCGAGCCCGGGACUGAGGGAGAGGAGGAGCGGCCGGGCCGGGCCGUGUCCGGGCCGGGCCGUGUCCGGGGAUUCCUCGCGUUGAAGCGGGCGGGGGCCCCGUCCCGCCCCCAGCCCCGUCUGAGCCGUGUCGUGACCCCGCGUCCUCCGUGUGCCCCGGCCCCGGGCAGGGCUCCGCACCCACCCACACCGCUGGGGAGGCAGAGCUGCCCCCUCGUCCUGCCCCUCGUCCUGCCCCCCUUGCAUGUCUGCCAGAGCCCCCCGGAACCUGCCCUGCCCCUCCCGGCCUGGGGGCGAGUCCUGGGAGCCGGCACUGCAGCUCAGGGGCGGCGGAGGGGACAGAGCCCUGCAGCUCAGGGGGUGGCAGAGGGGACAGAGCCCUGCAGCUCAGGGGGUGGCGGAGGG